UAAGCACACAAUAUUUAUACAGAUUUAAUAAUACAAAUCAAACUACAAUACCAAUGUUUUUGUUACUCUAAACACAGAAACGAACUAGCCGCUCACUAUAUGUAUAUGAAAAAAAUGAAUGAUGUAUGUUUAUAUCAUAUAAUAACCAAAGCAGAAUUUUAUGUAUCAUUUGAUUCAAGGUUCAAGUGUAAAAGUACAUUUUUUUAAAAUAGUAUCGCGUCUGUUAUAAUAAGUAGUUCUGUGUAUUUUAAUGUGGUAAACGUCGACGUUAAUCUUUUAGAGAUCGACAAAUUAAUCAUUAUACAGGGAGGAGUCUUAAUUAUCAAUAUUAUGGAUAAAUGUAUCGCCUACGCCAUUGGUAAGCAUUCAAUAUUCUGAAAAAAAAAGACUUUGGUGGUACUAACGUAAUACAGAGGUAAACGUUUUUGGUGAGAUUUUCAUUUAAAUGUAUAUUCGCGAUCAGUUGCAUGGGCAAGAUACUAUGCACUAUACUGAGUGUUCUAAAACGUGAUACGAAAGUGCAAUUCGUCACUUAAAAGGUACCGGUGAACUUUGGAAACAUUAAAUUGGAGGUGGAUUCAAAUUAAGGCAGGAUGAGUUUGAUGGUAAUAAGUAUUUUGGAUAAAAUAGUUUGGUUUUUAUUAGCCAUGGUCAUAGCCACUCAAGCCUUGCAGAUUGCCGGUAUAGUAGACACACCAAGUUCUUCAGUGGAUAUUAACUUUAAUGAACCAGUCCCUAUUCCAGUAAAUCCAAUUCAUGAAAACAUCAAUCAGAUAAAUAAAGAUAUAGCGGAGGAGAACGAUAGGUCUCCGAUAAUCGACGCCAUCUUCAACAUUCCUAUAAAAACAUUAACCGUAAUGAACAACCUGGUUCAAAAAUCACGACCAAUCUUCAGGAGAUUGGGAGAGUUUGCCUUUCGAAGUUUUCAGUCAAGUUGGAGAGGCAACCAAGAGGCUGAAAAGGCUCCAGCUCAGAAGAGAUCUUACCCUAUAUACAUGACGUCAUUAGCACCCAAAAAAACACAACCCACACAGUAUUAUUACUAGUUUCAUUAGAAUUCUUAGUCGUUUUUAAAAGUAAUUGUUUUUUUUGUUUUUGUUGUCAUUGUUUUAUUUAUUUUUCAUGUUUUUCUUUAUGUAUAAUUAUCUAAAUUUUAUAAUCGUUGUAAUUUUCAUAGAAAUUAUAGAUAGCAUUAUCAUAUUUAGACGAUUUUGUUAAUUGUUGUUAUCAUUUUAU